GACUCACGCAUGCGUGGUGACAGUUUUGGAUCUAUCGCCGCCGGUGCAUUCACAAAGCAGGAAAGUGGUAAAGCAGUGAGGACAAUUCGUUUCUGUAACGUUAAUGUAUUUCAAACUUUACAGGAUUUAAACUUAAAUUGGUUCAGUCAAUACACCUAAGCUCGAGCCUUGACUCAUGGCACAGUUUGGGGGACAGAAGAACCCUCCGUGGGCGGCUCAGUUUGCUGCCACAGUGGUGUCCCAGCCCGGCCACUCAGGACAGUCCCUGGACCUCAAUAGCAUACACUCUCUAGGUGUGCAGCAGCCAUCUCUCUUGGGUGCGUCUCCCUCUAUGUACUCCCAGCAGUCAGCCCUGGCUGCAGCCUCCCUUAACUCCCAGUCGGCUGCCGCUAACUACCAGUUGUCCCAGCAGACUUCAGCUCUGCAGCAGCAAGCCGCAGCCGCCGCCGCUGCAGCACUGCAACAGUCUCAAAUGAACUCGGCCCUGCAGCAGUAUCAGCAGCAGCAGCAACAACAACAACAGCAGCAGCAACAGCAGCAACAACCUCCUCCACAGCAGCCUCCUCCUCAACAGCUAUAUAAUGUACCCCAUCAGCAACAUCAACAACACACAGACUUAUACGGGCUCCCCCAGCCCCAGCAAGCGCUGAUUUCACAGAACUGGAGUGGUGAAAACAAAUUCCCGCCCCCUGUGGCUCUCCCCACCAGCCUCUCUCUGUCCAACCCCCAGCAGACAGCCCAGAUCACCGUGUCCUAUCCCACGCCUCGCUCUAGCCACCAGCAGCAGAGCCAGCAGCAGAGCCAGCAGCAAAGCCAGCCCCAGAAGCAGCGCGUCUUCACCGGCGUGGUCAACAAGCUGCAUGACACCUUUGGCUUUGUGGACGAGGACGUCUUCUUCCAGCUCAGUGCGGUGAAGGGGAAGACCCCCCAGGUGGGCGACAGGGUCCUAGUGGAGGCUGUGUAUAACCCCAACAUGCCCUUCAAAUGGAAUGCCCAGCGCAUUCAGACCUUACCUCAGCUGGCCAACCAAUCGCUUCAGCAGCAGCCCCAGUCCUUGCCUCCAGUUCCCCCACAGCUAAGCAGCUUCUAUGCUGACCCGGGGAUGCAUCAGCGCUACUCAGACAUGCACCCCGUUGGCAUGGACAGCAGACAAAAUAGUCAGCCUGGAGGCCCCAACAUGAUGAAGCUGGGCCCCAACAUGCUCCAGUCUCUGCCUCCCCCCAACAAUUUCAGUGUACAGGCCCAGGGCCCACCUCCCCUGCUCCAGGCCCAGCUCUCUGCUGCCUCCCUGGCCCCGCUCCUCCAGAACCCCCCUCCGCCCCUGCUGUCACAGCUACCACCCAAAGAUGUGUUCUCAGGAGGUCUGCUCCAGCCCCCAAGGAGGAUGAUGCCUCAGCCAGUCAGGCGUCUGGACCCCUCCCCCCGCUUCCCCAACCGCAACGACCGCCCUGAACUCAUCCUCAGGACCAAGGAUGAACGCAGUCGUGAAAGAGACCGUGAGCGCAGGAGGUCCAGAGAGCGCUCUCCCACACGUAAACGCUCCAGGGACCGUUCUCCGAGACGUGACCGAUCCCCCCGCCGCCCUCGCAGGGUGGUGCCUCGCUAUACUGUCCAGUUCUCCAAGUUCAGCCUGGACGGUUCUAACUGUGACAUGAUGGAGCUGAGGAGACGCUACCAGAGCCUGUACAUCCCCAGUGACUUCUUUAAUGCUGUGUUCACCUGGGUGGAUGGCUUCCCCCUGCAACGACCCUUCCAGUUCGGCAACUACUGUAACUUCCACAUCAUGCACAAGGAGGUGGACUCUCUGGUCAAAAACACUGCUGUGCUGGACCCACCCGAUGCCAACCACACAUACAGCGCUAAGGUGAUGUUGCUGGCCAACCCCAGUCUAGAGGAGCUCUACCAUAAGUCCUGUGCUCUGGCUGAGGACCCCCAAGAACUUAGAGACGCUUUCCAGCACCCCGCCCGCCUCAUCAAGUUCCUGGUGGGGAUGCGGGGUAAGGACGAGGCUAUGGCCAUCGGGGGCCACUGGUCCCCCUCCCUAGAUGGAGUGGACCCUGAGAAGGACCCGGCUGUGCUCAUAAAGACAGCCAUACGCUGUUGUAAGGCCCUCACAGGCAUAGACCUGAGUCUCUGCACUCAGUGGUAUCGUUUUGCAGAGAUUCGCUAUCAUCGCCCUGAGGAGACUCACAAGGGGCGGACAGUGCCCGCACAUGUGGAGACAGUGGUUUUGUUUCUCCCGGAUGUUUGGCAUUGUCUUCCUACCCGCUCAGAGUGGGAGGGGCUGUCGCGGGGACUCCGGGAGCAGCUGGCUGAGAAGCUGUCCGCCGAGAGGAAGGAGGCUGAUGGAGAACAGGAGGAAGAGGAGAAGGAUGAAGAAGAUUCGAAGGAGGUGACCACUCCGACACACUGGGCAAAGCUUGAUCCGAAAUCAAUGAAGGUGAAUGACCUUCGUAAGGAGUUAGAGUCCCGCUCCCUGAGCUCUAAGGGGUUAAAGUCCCAGCUGAUUGCCCGUCUCACCAAGCAGUUGAAGGUGGAGGAGCAGGUGGAGGAGGCCAAGGAGCCCGAGUUACUGGAGAGCCAGGCCCCGGAGGAGGAGGCUCCUCAACUCAUGGAGGAGGACAGAGAGGAGGAGGAGAGGAAGAAGCAGGAGGAGUUGGAGCGCCAGCGCAGAGAGAAGCGGUACGUCCUGCCAGACGAGCCCACCAUCAUCGUUCACCCCAACUGGGCGGCCAAGAGCGGAAAGUUUGACUGCAGCGUCAUGUCUCUGAGCGUGCUGCUGGACUACAGACUGGAGGACAACAAGGAACACUCCUUCGAGGUGUCUCUGUUUGCGGAGCUGUUUAAUGAGAUGCUACAGAGAGACUUUGGCUACAGGAUUUUCAAGGCCCUGGCCUCUGUGCCCUGCAAGGAUGACAAGAAAGACAAGAAGGUGAAGGCCAAGAAAGAGGCGGAGGGAGGUGAGAAGGAGGGCGAGGAGGGGGGUGAGAAGGAGGGUGAGGAGGGGGGUGAGAAGGAGGGCAAGGAUGGGGGUGAGAAGGAGGGCAAGGAUGGGGGUGAGAAGGAGGUGCUGAAAAAGGAGGAGUCUAUAGAGGAGAAGGAGGAGGAUGAGAGCAACAACACCAAUGCUGAGGAGUACGACCCUCUGGAGGCCGAAGACGACGACGAUGAAGAUGAUAAAGACGAUGAGGACUCUAACGGCAGGGACAGGAGAGACGACAGGAAGUCCAAAGAGGGGUCCUCUAAAGACAAGGAGAAGAAGCAGAUGGUGACCUACAACAAGGACCUGCUCAUGGCCUUUGUCUACUUUGACCAGAGCCACUGUGGCUACCUGCUGGAGAAAGACCUGGAGGACAUCAUGUACACACUGGGGUUACAUCUGUCCAGAGCCCAGGUAAAGAAGUUGUUGAACAAGCCGGUGGUAAGAGAGUCGUGUUACUACCGUAAACUAACAGACGCAGCUAAAGACGAGGCUGCUCCUUCCUUCAGUGAAGGCCUGCUGGACAACCUGCUAGGUAACCGUGCGUUGCUGCCCAUGUUUGUGUCUCGUGGCCAGGCAGCGCAAGCGGAGGCUAGUGAGUCAGGAGGCAGCAGUCUGAUAGUGUAUAAUGGAGCCAUGGUGGAUGUGGGCAGCAUGAUGCAGAAACUGGACAAGAGUGAGAAGGCCAGGGAGGAGAUUGAGCAGAAACUAAUGGUGCAGGACUCCAAAAUGGUCGAGGACACCAAGCAGAUCCUCCAGCUGGUAUCUGCUAAUAGAGUCCUGUCUAAAGAUCUGGAGGAGGUGAAGGGAACCCUGGGCCAGACAGAGAACAACCUCAGGACCACAGAGGAACAGAACACGGUCUACCACAACCAGCUUAGCAAGACACUUAACAACCUGGACAAUGCCAUGAAUGAACUUCAGGGAGUCCUCAAGAAGGACGUUCCCACAGAAGCCACCCCUGACCAAAUAUCCCAAACAACCAAUGGUUCAGACGAAGUAAUGAAGGAGUUGGACAAUGAAGGUUGUGCAACAGGGAUGAUGAUGGUGAUGAAUUCCUGGAUGAGAGCAAAACUUGAGAAAUGAGCCCAAAGCAGCCUACUGCAUUUAAUUUUUCUAUUGAAAAUUGACUAUGUUUGUCCUGUGCAGAAUUAAAGUGGUCAAUUUUAUUGUUU